GCAAGAUAUGAGUAAGGUGUGAAAAUGACGUAACCCAGUGUGCUAGAUUCACGGGGCAAGUACCAUAUCUGUCCGGACCACGUUUGAAGGGAUGAAGUAGCAGAUUCAAUUUCAGGAGUGGCUACAUAUAAAAAUAUACAUAAAAUAUGUGAUCAGGUAAACUAUACAGACUACUCAUGGCAAAGUCAGCUCCGUAGAAUGAAGACAUCGUUAAAUACGCUGAUUUAAGUCUUAUUAAGGUGGGAAGUAAGGGCACGGCUUCCGCUGGCAUUUGACAAGAAGAUUGGCGUCAGUACCACAGCGACUGGGAAUUCUAUUGGAACUUAGACGGUAUGUAAACUAAUUGUAACAGUGGGACUGCACAUCCUGUGGCACCACACCUAAUGAGUGGUUAAGGUAGGGGGCUAUUUAAUGAGGUUGGGGGUCAGGUUAUGGGGAACUGUGCUCCCAGACUCAUAGAACGCAGGGUUACAGAAUGGGGUCUAUUAAAAAAUAUAUUAUUUUAAGGCAGCAUUGACUGGCACAGAACAAGAAAUUUCCUGCUUAUUUAGCAAUGUACCGUAAUAAAAAGGAAGCAGAAUAAAUGAGGCACGAUGAUUUCAUUCCUGUUUUUAUUGUUAAAAUAGAAAGGGAAACUUUCUCUGUGAGCACAAAACUGUCUAAAAAUGGAAAAAGCAUCUGUAUAUAUCAUCGCUGUGUAACGUAAAGCACUGCAAAAUUUGCUGGCACUAUAAAAAUUCUAAUCAUAGCAACUAAUAAUACUAAAUAAUAUUAAUAGUAAAUAAUAAUAAUUGUAGUAAAAAGUCUAAAAAAGCUCACGUAUCAUUCUUCGCACAUUCAGUAUAUUGCUUGGAAGAGAUAUCCAGGAGGUGAUGCUUGAUGAUUGGACCCCACUGGGAUUCAGUGUAAAAACAUUGACCGGGGUCUUCUAUUGUUGGCCAAUCAUCACUUUACCUGGAGAAUUGAACAAUUUAUGGACAAACUCUUGUUGAUACAACAGGUUGGGAGGAAGAAUUAAACAGAGAGGGUUUCUUGUGCAAUUUGAUAAUUCGUCAAUUUAUUGAUAAAAGUACAGGGUUUAUGAAGGUAUAGUUUCGAUAGAUCUCUAUGAGUGGCACAGAAUCAAAAUAAUACUAAAAAUUCAUUGGUUAGUAGGCUAUCUUUCAACAUACAGACUUCUGGUGUAUGCCAUAUGUUUAUGUAUAAUUGUGGAUUACCAAAUAAAUGCUUGAUACUCUUAUAUGUUUAUUAUUUUAUCACUGCAAACUUAUCCCACUGCACUGCAAACAUUCUGCUCAAUCUUUAGAUACAUCUAUGUUAAUGAUAUGUAUGAAAUACCACUUAAUUUACAGUUUAUUCCUAUAGUUUGUUUCCGACUUAAACGUGAGCCCUGAUAUUAUGCGACACUGUAGUUGAAUGUUGUGGCAGACUGGUACAAGAUAAAAGGACAAAAACAAGUCUGUCUGAGGUUCCUCUGCGCGUGCCGGCAUUAGAUACCAAUUUUGCUCAGAAUUAACAUUAGCCAGCCCUGACCUUUGUUGUGGGCAAGCUAAUUAUGCUGUCGGAGAAGGAGUUACAAGCCAGGCAACUAAAGGUUAAUCUCUGUAUGUGCGGCAUUUCAUAGCAAACGAACAGACUCCAGGCACCAAAUUCGCUUUGAGUUCAUUUUAAAUUCUCAACAAUUCUCACUUUAGUGAAUAAUCUGGAUUUUGUCAAAGUUUUGCUAAUUAAUUCAAACUCUGGAUAAACUACGUGUUUCUAAGGUCUGAAUUCUAAAUAUACUACAAUCCAACAAUUCACCGAAAAGGCUAAAUACCCUUUUCUUUGGUGGUUGUGAAAUAGCAGUUUCCUAUUUCCAGCUUCCGUAAUUUAAGAAAUGUGGAAGGUCUCAAUCAUUACUACCACAAGCAGAAAAGACUUUGAGAAGUCCAGCAGGUAACUGACCAGCAUAUAUUAUUUUAUUAUUAAUCUGAUUUCUUAAAAAGAGCCACAAUGUUGUGCAGCACUGUAUAACCGUCUAUAGGUCUAUGCUGUAUGUUGGUAACCAAUCACAUGGGAAUAGAUUAUUAAACAGUCCAAAGGGGAUUAGAAAUUAAUCUAAACUGUUUGAUAUAAAAUGCCUGCAACCAUUUGCCAUUGGGCACUUUAUAUAACUGAGAAGGGUGACAAAGAUGGGUAUGGGUUCUAUAGAUGGCUAAGCUUUGUAUGAUGAUAACUGGCAUCUCCCAGUGGUUAGCCGAGCUUGCUGUUGCAGUCACUAGCCGAAUAAUGUGCCAGGGGACUAGGAAUGGUCUGCGGCAGGGGUGGUAUAAUAUGUAUGUUCUGCUCCUAUUUUGAAUGAGUGAAGGUUUAUUGGAACUGUAAUUAUGUAACAGCGGUAAAUCUGCAUGUGAUGUACCUUACACUAUCAAAGCAGGAUUAACCCUUUAAGGACACAUGACGGAAAUAUUCUGUUAUGAUCCCUUUUAUUUCUGAAGUUGUUUCCUUAAGGGAUUAAACAUAAAUUGGCCUUGGGCAGUCGACUAGGGCGCAGGAGUUUAGCAGGGACCCCCGAACCAUGAAUGCUCUUGGUCCCAUUCAAUAUUCCUAUGUAAAGAAUAAAAGGGGGCCCAAACUGGUAACCUACCUAGGAUCCUAGGGGUCCUAAUCCUUCUCGGUACGCUACGCAGAGAGUCCUUAGAAUCUACAAAUAUCCUAAACAUGGCACUGUACCUUCUGCAAAGGAAAAUAUCUCAGGAAGGGCAGCGCAUUUAACCCAUUAUGGACCAAUGAUAUUUCAUGCCAUCAUCACAAUCUCUGACUAAGUCAGUAUGUCCUGCGUAUUAACCAAUAUUUACAGAUCUGCCCCUUUAAAUGAGUGGGACAUUCCCCUUUCAUAUAGUUGUUGCUCCUUAGCUAAAAUAAAGGAUUGUAAAGACAACACAUGCAGUGCACUGUCAAGGAAGGCUUGAAUUCUAUAUUUAUUUUCUCUAGAAUGAUGGUUCUCCAUUGCAGUAAUUAAAAGAACCUGCAAAACGAAGCAUUGUUAAAAAGAGAGAUUUUUUUUCACCAGGGUUUUUAUUGAUUAAUUUAUUUAUUGUCUACAUCUACUCUUAGGUCUCAAGAAAUUAAUUAUAAGAAAUAUAUUGGCACCAACAUAGUCUGGAGCACUGUACAACAGAGAUAUUAAAAUAGCAAAGCAUUGCCAAGCAAGUUCAGGUGUACAUAAACAAGAUGUGAAGUGGGUGCUGUUCCGAUGAUUAUUAGAGCUCUUUAUCAGUAGAGUUUUAGCCUGGGGGGAGAGCAGACAGCCCAACGUGACCAUUGGCAGCAGGGGUACACAGAGAAUUCCCCUCUUACUGGAGCAGGUACCAGAACGUGGCCGGCAGACUGAAAUGAGCAUUGCAUGGGGGUGCAGGGGGGCUGCUGGGAUCAGUAUGUUAGCUCACUGUACAGCUCCCCCUCUGCGCCAUGCUCUAAGCCAGGAGAUGGGAUGUAACAUCACUCCAUUGUUAGUACAUAGCUGCGUACAGGGUGAUCCUGGCAGCAAACUACUAGGCAUCAGGGAUAAAAGAUUGAAAUAUAUAUCAAAUAUGUGUGUGUGCGUGAGUGUAUGAAUGUCAGUGUGUGAGUAUUCAUGUGUGUAUAUGUGAGUGAGUGUGUAUGUGUGUGUGUGUGUAUAUAAAUAUGGAUAUGUGUGUAUGAAUACUUAAGUGUGUUUAUGUGAGUGUGUAAUUGUGUGUGUAUAUAAGUAUGGAUAUGUGUAUAAGAAACAAUACUGCUGCAACUUCUAUUACCCCGAUUUAUACUUUUUUAUGAAUGAAACUAACUGCAUCAAUUCCUGGGGAGCCUGCACUGAUUGUAUUAAUGUAUGCAUUUUUUUAAAAUUAACUUGCACAAUCAGCUAGUAUUCAUUUAUUUGUCGAAUAACUCUGGAAUCAUGUGGGAUCUUUUUUCUGAGUCAUUUGUAAAAAAAAAACAAUCAAAUUAUUUUGAUGAAUUUGAACUGGAAUUAAUAUGAAUCAAUUCAGAGAUCAAAAAUCCAGUGAACUGCAGUUCUCUCCCCCCGCCACCCCAGUUUAUAAAAUUAUUUGAUUCACCCAAUACGAAUGCAGAUAUAUUUGAAGCUAACACAAGCUAUAUACUAUAGCAGCUAUUAAUGUUCAACAGAUAGUUCAUUCAUUAUUAUAAAGCUGGAUAUGUGAGAGGCACAGCAUUCACAUGAAAACAACAGGAGGAUCAGGAUUGGCUGAGCAAACCCAGCCAUUUCCUGGUCUCUUUAGAAUUUGACACUCCUCCACCAAUUAAUUCUGUCCAAGCACGAACAGACGUGUUUUGCAUUUUUAUCGAGGUACGGGCAUAAAAGUGUCAAAACACUUUCAGGAAACAGUGUGCGCAAUUAGCUUUCCUUUCUGUACUGCAGCUUAGGCAACACACGCACUGAAUGUGCAAUAUCUCUAAGUAAAACGGAUUUCAUUCGCUUUGGGGGAAUGCCAACAUUUUUUUUUUCUUUGCUGUUUACCAAGUGAAAAUCGAAUUGGAAUUGUAACACUAUAUCACGAUAAUAUUAAUAAAAAUGAUACAAUUUAGUUUGCAGGUAUGUUUUGGGAUGUAGAUAGUUUUCACACAUAUCAUCCUCGGGAGUCAGAAACAUCAAAAGGCACAGCUGAUCCUACUGGGAAUACGACCUGUGACUAUGAGGACUGAAAAGAUCCCAAAGACAAUUAAACAAAAACGAACACACAAAUAGUGUUAGAAAAGAUGUAAAAUGCCCUCCAUAUGUUAAUAAUGUGUUUAUUUGGACGUAUUCUCUGUACCUGUGACAAUGACUUCAACCCAGAUUACAUUUUAAGUCAAAUUGAUGUAAGAAUUGAGUUCUAAAGGGUUCACAAACCUUCUUCCAUCAAUCUAGCCAGGUAUGUACAGAAUCCAAUCCAUGGCUUGCCAGUAGGUACAUUAAGAUUAUUUAAUGCAUAUUUAAUGGUAUAAACUCUGCCUACUUCGCAACUCAAAGGAGAUUUUAUUACGCCAGACAUGGACAGAUCUUCAAACUAAAAACAAACGCACGUCAAAAGACAUUUAACCCCUUCUGUGUAGCAACAAACUGUUACAACAUGGAAUGUACAAAUUGUGAAGUAUCUUACACAAUGCUCUGCCAUGUGGUGUAAUACUUGGAUAUGUCUCCAUCCAGCCCAUCCUCCUUUGGUUAAUGAUGUCUUUAGGUUUUAAAGGACCCCAGUCACAAACAAACAAACGGCAGACCUGUCACUAAGGCUGGAUUUCAUUUUAAUAGAUACAGUGCGUAUUAUAUUACAUGAUGCUAUCUAUGGAGCAGUGUAGGCAAAUAUUUGUUGUACUGGUAUUGCCAUCAGAAAUCUCACAAUCUUACCAAAAACAUCUUCCAGGUCCCCGUCGAAUACAUACUCUCAUCGACAGUCAGACAUAAAUACACAAAGCAUGCACAAAUACCGGCACACUAACACAUUCACAGACACAUACACAAAGAUACACACUGUCAGACACACACAAAGAUACACACUGUCAGACACACACACACACACACACACACACACACACAAAGAUACACACUGUCAGACAUGUACACAUACACACACACACACACACACAAAGAUACAUACUAUCAGACACACACACACACACACACACACAAAGAUACACUGUUAGACACACACACACAAAGAUACACACUGUUAGACACACAUACACACAGGGCCGGCGCGUCCAUAAGGCAGCACAAGCGGCCGCCAGGCACCAUCCCAGAGCACUAGAACAGUGACCGGCAGGAGGUAGGCGCACUGCCCCCUCCUGCCAGUACUUUAGCGUGGCCAGUGGAGCGGACCGUGGUACAAGCUUCUGAUUCCUGUCGACACCGAAGGAGUGCUCACUGAGAACACUGAGGGAAGGAACACUAUGGGACAGGGAAGGGGGGGAAAGAACACUGGGCAGAGGGAUUUGGGACAGGGGAAAAACGCCAUGGGGCGGGCAACCACUAAAAAGAGAGGAGAGAACACACUAGGGGAGAGAGAGGAACAUUAAGUUGGGGCACUAAGGUACACGGGAGGGAAGAGAAAAGGAACACUGGGGUGUGGGGGAAAAGUAAAAGAGAAGGGAAAGAAACACUAAGGGGAGGACCAUUUAGGGGAAUGGGGGGCACUAAGAAACAGGUAAGGAGAGGGGGGAGAGGAACACAAUGGGACAGGGAGGGGAGGGGAGAGGAACCCUAAGGGACAGGGAAGAAAGGGGAGAGGAACAUUAACGGACAGGGAAGGGAGGGGAGAGGAACACUAAGGGACAUGGAUGGGUGAGGAACACUAAGGGAUAGGGAAGAGGACCACUAAUGGACAGGAAGGGUAGGGGAGAGGAACACAAAGAAACAUGAAGGAGAGAGUGGCACGGCACACAGGGGGGCCUGAGUGGGGAGAAAGACACACAGAGGGACAUGAGGGGGGAGAAAGACACACAGAUGGGCCUGGGGGUGAGAAAGAUGAACAGAGGGGCUGGGGAUGAAAGCAACACACAGAAGGGCCUGGGGGUGGAAAUACAAAUGGACUGAGGGUAAAAGAGACACAGAGGGGCUGGAGAAGAGGGAAAAGAGACACAGAGGGGAUGGGGGGAGAUAGACUGUCUGGUGGUGAAAGAGAAACACACAAAGGAGCUGGUAAGAGUAAAAGACAAAGAGGCUGGGAGAGAAGGAGACACACAAAGGGGCUGGGGGGAGUAGGACACACAUAGGGGGGUUGUAAGAGAUAACCAAGGGAGGUGUAAGGCACACAAUGGGGAAAAAUAGGGGAUUAGAUACACUAAACGGGGUAAGACAGAGGCAAACAGGUGAAGAUGAUUUUCUUUUGGGCAGGGGGAGGGUGGGGUGGGAGGGGAGCGUCAAAAUAAUCUUUGCCUGUGCACCCAAAAAUCCUUGCAACGGCCUUGCAUACAUAAAGACACAUACUGUCUGAUACACACACAUACACAAAGAUACACACUGUCAGACACACACACAAUAUCAGACUGAUCAGUCACAGGUGCAGUCCGGAACCGAAAUCUACAUGAGAGAUACAGGUACGAUUGAAGACGAUCAUUUUGGCCUUCAUUUAUAAAUCUCAGAUUUGCAAUUAAUUUAUGUGCAGUUUAAGAUUUUAAUUAGGAAUUUUGUGUCCACAAGUUACUAGUAGCUACUUGCGUGGAACUGCUGUGCGGUUUAGCUUUGAUAAUGAAAUGUUUACUAAAUGUUUACACCCCAAGUGAACAAACGAUCACCCUUAUAGAAAACGGAGAUCAGUAGGAUCGUAUACUAAAUAGCUCCUGUGGAAUUACAUUGAAAUAAAAAUGUAAUGAUACUUUCUUUAAUGAAGGUUUGCUGAUGCACUUGGGUUGGUAUUAGAGUCUUCAUUAUCUUGUUUCCAUUUGCGUAAUUUGUUUUUCACAAGUAAUAAGUACGAUUUAUCACCGUAUUAUGUCAUAUGUCAACGCUCUAUAAAUAUUCAUUAGUUCAGCAUCUUGAUUUGAUUUGACCUUCCCAGUCCCAUGUGUGGGUGACUUUAAUUAUUUCAAAAUAGAAACAAGUUUACAACCCAGAGACUUACAGACAGGCAGGUUUAAAUUAACUCUAAUUCUAUGUGCAAUAAAAUUUUUAGACUAGAACAGGCCUACUUAAAAAAAUUCAAGUGAGCAACUUUUUCAGUUCUGCUGUUUUGGCCACCGAAUGUAAAAUUUACUUUGAAUUCACUUUGAAUUCCCUAUGAUUGACACUUUAGCGAAUACAUCUAUCAUAUUGCAUCAUAUAUAAGCUUUCCUAUAAAGGUUUAAAUGAGCAAGCCCUCUUACAUAUAAAACAAUAGUUCUAAUCACGAUCAUCGUUUUAGCAACCAUCUCUCUAACUUCUAAGCAGUGGCGUACAUACCGGGACCCGGUGUGUAUGCCACUGUGGCCAGCCUCUUCUCCUGGGGGGCCCAGGAGCCGGCCACCUCAGGGCUCCCCGAGGCUGGCCCUGGUAUCACCAGGCGGGCAGGCAGGCUGGCGGGCGCGCGAGGGAGCAGUCUCCCCUGUGUGCUUCCUUUUCAGCUCCCUCGCGCACCGCACUGAUUCCGGAGCCGGAAGAUGGCGUCAUAUUUCGGCUCCGGCAUCAGUACGCAGCGCGCGAGGGAGCUAAAAAGGGAGCACACAGGGGAGAGUGCUCCCUCGCAAGCACGCCAGCCUGCACGCUAAGUGACACCACUGGCGCCCCAGGGAAUCCCCUCAGCUCUCCCAAAGGAAGGGAGGCUGGGGGGAUUAAAUUUAAAACAAAAAACGUGUGUGUGUGAGUGUGUGUUAGUGUGUGUGUGUUAGUGUGUGUGCGUGUGUGUGUUAGAGUGUGCGUGUGAGUGUGUGUGUUAGUGUGUGUGAAUGUGUUAGAGAGUGUGUGUGAGUGUGUUAGAGUGUGUGUGUGAGUGAGUGUGUGUGAGUGUGUGUGUUAGUGUGUGUGAGUGUGAGUGUGUUAGAGUGUGUGAGUGUGUGUGUGUUAAUGUGUCUGAGUGUGUGUGCGUGUGUUAGAGUGUGUGUGUGAGUGCGUGUUAGUGUGUGUGAGUGUGUGUGAGUGUGUUAGAGUGUGUGUGUUAGUGUGUGUGUGAGUGUGUUAGAGUAUGUGUGAGAGUGUGUGAGAGUGUGUGGGUGUGUGUGAGUGUGUGCGAGUGUGUGUGUUAGUGUGUGUGAGUGUGUGUAUUAGUGUUAGAGUGUGUGUGUUAGUGUUAGAGUGUGUUAGUGUGUGUGUGUUAGAGAGUGUGUGUGUGUUAGUGUUAGAGUCUGUGUGUGUGUUAGUGUUAGCGUGUGUGUCUGUGUGUUAGUGUGUGUGUAUGUUAGAGUGUGUGUGUGUGUGUUAGUGUGUUAGAGAGUGUGUGUGUGUGUGAUAGUGUAUGUGUGUUAGAGUGUGUGUGUGUGUUAGUGUGUGUGUGUUAGUGUUAGAGUGUAUCAGUGAGUCUGUUACUGAGUGUGUUAGUUUGUGUGCGUCUGUUAGUGAGUGUGUGUUUUAUAAGUGAGUGAGUGUGUCUGUCUGUCAGUGAGUGUGUAUGUAUGUCUGUCACUGAGCGUGUGUCUGUCAGUAAAUGUGUGUGUCUGUUAGCUAGUGUGUAUGCGUCUGUUCAUGAGAGUGUGUUUGUGUCUUAAGCACUUACAUUUCUUCAAUGCCAGACUCCCUUGGUGCUGGGGAUCUCUCCGCCCCGAUCUGCCUCUCAGCUCCAAAUGCGCAUGCGUGGCAAGAGCCGCGCGCGCAUUCAAACCGCCCAUAGGAAAGCAUUACUCAAUGCUUUCCUAUGGACGUUCAGCGUCUUCUCACUGUGAUUUUCACAGUGAGAAUCGCAGAAGCUCCUCUAGCGGUUGUCAGUGAGACAGCCACUACAGGCUGGUUUAACCCUCAGUGAAACAUAGCAGUUUCUCUGAAACUGCUAUGUUUUCAGCUGCAGGGUUAAAACUAGAGGGACCUGGCACCCAGACCACUUCAUUGAGCUGAUGUGAUCUGGGUGUCUGUAGUGGUCCUUUAAGUGUAUGUGUAUCUGCAUGCACUGGCGUACAUACCGCGGUCGCAGGGGUCGCAGCCCUGCAACCCCUGCGACUAGGUGCCCGCCGCCAUGUGUUGCGGCCCCAGCCUGCGCAGAGUAAGUGCGCAGGGGGGGAGGGGCCCACAGAUCAGGACCCCAUGGGUUGUGUGUACGCCACUGCUUCUAAGGGUGUAUUGCAAAAUUAAUGAAAGUCAUUCCUACUUAACUGUUUCUUGUCAUCUUCUCUUUUUCAGGAUUUGAACAAAGUUAUGGCUGGUUCAAUAGUGGUUGAUGGCAACUUUUUCGAUGACUUCGAUUUCACCAGCGGUUACUAUAGCUACACUGGUAUCCCAUCUUUCUCCAACACUCCCUGUAGAGACCCAUGGAAAGUGAAUAAAUAUGCUUUAGCAUUUAUAUAUUCAGUUGUUUUCCUUCUAAAUGUUGUUGGGAAUAGUCUUGUUGUUGUGGUAAUCUGUUACAACAAGCUGAAGAGGUCGACCACAGAUGUCUACCUACUAAACCUGGCCAUCGCGGAUCUUUUAUUUGCAAUUACCCUACCAUUCUGGGCAACGUAUAAGGUUAGAGAAUGGAUAUUUGGCUCCUUUAUGUGUAAGACUAUAUCCAUUCUACAAGAAGUCAAUUUCUACAGCGGGAUCCUUCUCUUGGCUUGCAUCAGUAUUGAUCGAUACAUUGCUAUUGUCCAUGCCACAGAAGCCAUCAACCAUAAGAGACAUUGGGUAAAAUAUAUUUGCUUGGGGAUUUGGCUUUUUUCAUUCGUCAUUGCUUUUCCAACCAUAUUGUUCAGACAAGUACUUGACACCCCAAAAAAUGGAAUAGUCUGCUACGAAAAUAUUGGGCAUGAAAAUACAGAGAAAUGGUUGAUCAUUUUGAGAAUAGGUCGCCAUUUGGUUGGAUUCUUCAUUCCUUUGCUGAUCAUGCUUUUCUGUUAUGGGUUUACUAUUAAAACUCUCUCUCAAACCAAAAGUGGCCAAAAGCACAAAGCAAUGAAAGUCAUAUUUGCUGUGGUUAUCGUCUUCCUUAUUUGCUGGCUUCCAUACAAUGUUACAGUCAUUGUUGAUUCAUUGAUGAGGAUAGGUACUAUAAACGAAACCUGUGAAAUAAGACAACAUUUGGAUAGUGCUCUCUCUAUUACUGAAAUUUUUGGCUAUGCACAUAGCUGUAUCAACCCCAUAAUCUACGCUUUCAUCGGGCAGAAAUUCCGAAAUAGUUUCUUAAGAAUCUUGGCCACCAAUGGUAUCAUCAGCAAAGACUUUCUCUCUCGUCAUGGAAGGAGUUCUUCAUAUGUAUCGACAUCUGGAAACACAUCCACAACAAUGUAACUGAAAGAUCACAUCGUGUUCCACUCCAAGUCCAUCUUAUAAUUUAAAACCAGCUUCUAUAUGGAACAUAAUCGUUGAUGUAUAUGCAAUGGAACAUGCUAAUUUCCUGUCUAUUCCCCCUACCUUUCCAACCAAGCGGCUUGUCUCUGAAGACCACACCAACAUGGUAAAAGUAUAGUUGAAUCUCAACACUCCGUUGGGUGCACUUAUAAAACAAUUAUUGCUACAAAUAGUUUGCCAUAGUUGCACCAAAUAUUAAUCAGCAAUACAAAAAAAUAAUAUUAAAAGGCAAGGCUAAUUUAUAGUUUUAUGCCAGUUUUGUCUUAUAUAAUGUCUAUAAAACUUGAAAGCAGUGAACAAGAAAUUAUCUAUGACAUAUACAAAAAAAUUACCGUCUGAGAUGAAAAGUUCCAAUAGUGUCUUUUCCAAUCUCAUAGAUAAGACCACAUUUAACGCUAGAUGAUGCAUCUAAUAAAAUGUGUGUAACCUUUCCAUGGACACCUUCCAUUGUUACCACUAUUUUCAUCUUUCAUUAUUUCACUGUUGGGCUGUUUAGUGCACAGUUUGACAAACAUACCAUCAGGAGCUUCUGCCAUGACCCAGAUUUCAAAGAUUCCACUGCUGGCACUAAGGUGUCUGCAUGAAAAUGGCCAACCUCUGCUUGACUUACCUGUUCUACAACGGCAAUAUCAUGACAUUCCAUUCCAUGGCUGGCCUCCAGUGGUGUUUUGGUGGAGACUGGUUCCGUGAGCAUACUCCCAAGCCUUUACUCUUCAGCAUCUCUGUAACCGAAUGUCCCCAUCAUUCUGGACAUUCAAUUUAUCAGCUAAAAUACAUGGAGGAUAACCUGAAUAAACAGAUCCUUCCAAAUUAGAAAGUGUAAAAAGAUGUACAUAGAAUAUAUUGCCAGAAAACCAAUUUUAACUGAAUUCUGAAUUAACAAUGAGUAUGCACAUUUAAAAAAAAAUCAAUUAUUAAUUAUUUCCAAGUAACUAUUUUUAUAUCUCCAUUUAAUUGCAUAACAAAUAUGUAUUGUUUGUGUUUUUAUCAGUAAAGUCUGCAAAUGUUAAAUAAAAUAAGACCAG